UACGGCGCUAUUGGAUACUUUUUUGGCCAUGAAGUCACUCACGCUUUCGAUGAUAUAAUAAGAAAAUUGGAUGAAAAUGGUCUCCCAGUGAUCCUUUGGCCGCCUCGCUCAGAUGAAGAGUAUUUGAAGAGAGCCAAGUGUUUGGCCGACCAGUACAGCUCUCAAACUUUA